AUGGAAAUGAACACAUGGUAGAACCAAAAUGAUAUAGCAGAUUCUGAAACGAUACCACUUUAAUCUGAACCUUUGAUGGGUGCAAUUUGCUAAAGAUUACAUUAGAUUUGCACUACUUCUAUUUAAAUAAGACGUCGAAUUAUUUAAGUUAUACGAAUAUCUUAUUUAGGAAGAAAAGAAGAAGAAAUGCUAUUUAGAAUUCAAGAGACUAAAAUAAAAUUGAAAAUUCAAAAGAGACUAAAUAAUGCUUAUCCCAAUUAAUGUUAAUAGAGUAACUUUGUAAUGACCUUUAAUAUGUUAAAGAACUAGUAUCUCUUAUUGAAUGA